UACGCGAAAGCGUUCUUGACAAGAAACCUUUGCUUCCCUCUCUAAUCUCUAUAUAAUAUUCCAUCAGAACUUCUUUUCUUCUUUGAUCUCAAGUUUCUGCAAAUUCCUCACUUCCUCUCUUUCUUCCAAAUUCCAGAACUGAAGAUUCAUCAUCACUGAAGGUGGAUUGAAUUCGUGAAAGAAGGUUUGUUUCUUCGAGAUCUUCUUCAUUCUUGUUCAAGAGCGUUUUGUGGAUUUUGAUGCGAAGAGGUUAAAAUGUUGGGAGAUUUCAUAAAUAGAAGUCUUGUGAUGCUUUUCGGAUAUGCAUUUCCUGCGUUUGAGUGCUACAAAACUGUCGAGAAGAACAGAGUCGAAAUUGAUCAACUCCGGUUUUGGUGUCAAUAUUGGAUCAUUGUUGCACUAUUGACAGUACUCGAAAGGAUCGGGGAUGUUUUCGUCUCAUGGUUACCCAUGUAUGGUGAAACGAAGGUGGUCUUCCUCCUCUACUUAUGGUACCCAAAAACAAAGGGAACAAGCUUUGUUUAUGAAACAUUCUUUCGGCCAUAUGUUGCAAGGCAUGAGACAGACAUCGAAAGGAAGUUUCAGGAACUGAGAGUUCGAGCCUGGGAUUUAGCAACUUUUCAUUGGCAGAACACCGCCGAUUUUGGGCAGACCACAUUCUUCCAACUUCUCCAGUAUUUCGCUUCUCAAUCUUCAAAGGCAUCUUCAAAGGCUGAAGGCCUCCGCUCUCAGAUGAUCGAGCAGCAACCUUUCAAUUCAGCAACUUCUCCAAGGGCAAGACAGCCACAACAGAGGAAGGCCACUCAGCAGUCAAGUAAGAAGUGGCCGUGGUCACCCUCAGCACCACCAUUGUCGUCGAUGAAACGAUUGGAGACCCAACCACCAAAAUUUGAUAUUGUCCAAGAGCAACUACCCAGUGAAAUAUCAUUACUAGCUACUAUGAUGGAUACAGAUACAACAAUAUCGGCAUCCGAUGAUAGAACAGAUCCUCCUGCCCAGAUCAGAACACGGCGUUCCCAAGCCCGUCCACACCAAUGAACCCAAAACAGAAAAAAAAAACUAUGUAGUUCGAAACAAAAAUCAUCAACUGUGAAUUAGUGAUGUGAUUGAUGAUUAAAAAUUGAAAAUUCUUCCCCAAUUGAAAAUUUAGUUAAUUCUUUUGCAACCUUUGCAAUUCUA